AUGGAAUCUUCUAAAUUAAAGAAGUAUGAUGAUUUCAUCGAAGCAUAUAAUAACCUCUACCACAUCCAGUCAGAUGAAUCUGUGGAAGAAUCUUUUAAUCUGAUAACAACAAUUUUAAUUUCGAAGUAUCAAUUGGAUCUAUAUGCUCUUAUUAUGAGUCUUUUCGUAGCAGUCAAGUGCAAUUACCGCUCAGCCAAGCUUUACGCCAAAAUUCUCAACCAAAUUUGCGCAAAAUAUUCAAUUACUUCUUUACCAUUUAAAUCUUUAAAAACAGAAGCAUUAAGUGUCAAUUUAAAUAUUAAUUCCAGUGAUAUAAUUCAAUUUGAAUUAGACACCAAGCGCUUUCCAAAAGAAAAUGAAAUCGGUUUCAUAAUUAUGCAUGAUAAAAUAGAUAAGUUCAAGACAUUUGUUGCAGAAAAGUCAAUUAAAAAGAUCAGAAUCUCUAUUCCUUGCCAUUUUGAAAUGUUGUCUAUUGAAGCUUGCUGCUACUAUGGAUCUGUCAACAUUUUUUCUUUCCUUGUUUCGAGCAUGAAUAUUCCAAUUUCAGAAAAAUGUCUAGAACUUGCAUUUAUUGGUGGAAAUACAGAUAUCAUCAAUGAGUGCAUGAAAAGUCGAAAGGUAGACUAUAAUUGCUAUUACAACAUUAUCCAAUCACAUAACGACAGUUUUCUUGAUUUUGUUUUUGAAAGAAAUCUCUUUGAACCAAAAAAUAUAAAUUCCAAAACGUUAAUUCAAUCACAAAAUUUGAAAUUUGUUUUUCUUCAGUUCAAGAAAAAUAAAAAUUCAAUUAUUCCAUGA